CAAUAACGAAACAUCCGGAUUUAUGCUCUAACUUACACUUUACUCCAACUUACACUUACGAUUGCAUCAUAUCGUACGAGAUUAUAGUCCCAUUGGAAUGCUAGUCUCGUGAUGCCAAUUUUCAAAACGCGACAUAACGACACACGACACGGGUCCCAGACACCAUCUGGUGACUCCAGGUGGCCACCUAAGACCGGCUACUGCUCCCUGCAACAACCAGACUGUAUGCCACCCCUCGGUUGCUCACGGCUAUUGCUGUUGCUCCGAGCUACCCCUUGGCGAAACUAGUGACAUCUCGCAAGCCGGCUCGGGAAUGUGGUUGCUUACGUGAGCCGGUUAUCUCGGGGAUGAGCAACGCCGUUUCCAGCAA